AUGAUGGUCACGUUGAAUUCAACAAAUUUUAAUCCAGACCUCUUCAUUUUGGUGGGCAUCCCGGGGCUGGAGCAGUUCCAUAUUUGGAUUGGGAUUCCUUUCUUCGCUGUCUACCUUGUGGCCCUGGCAAGUAACGGCAUCCUUCUCUACCUCAUCACUGUGGACCACAGCCUCCAUGAACCCAUGUUCUUCUUCCUCUCAAUGUUGGCCUCUGCAGACCUCAUAUUAUCUACCACAUGUGUUCCCAAAACACUUGGCAUAUUCUGGUUGAAAGCUCAAGAAAUCACAUUUGCUGGGUGCCUCACUCAGUUGUUCUUUCUCCACUUCAGCUUUUUUCUGGACUCAGCCAUCUUGUUGGCCAUGGCAUUUGAUCGUUACAUGGCCAUUUGCUCCCCUUUGAGAUACACCAGCCUCUUGACACCAAGGACAAUUGUCAAGAUCAUGGUGGGCAUUGUUGGUCGGAGCUUUAGUGUCAUUUUGCCAGUCGUGUUCCUGGUGAAGCGUUUGCCUUUCUGCAGGACACGUAUCAUCCCUCACACAUACUGUGAGCAUAUAGGGGUGGCCCGACUCGCUUGUGCUGAUAUCUCCAUCAAUAUCUGGUAUGGCUUUGCCGUGCCUGUAAUGACUGUUAUCUCAGACCUGAUCUUCAUUGGCAUCUCCUACACUCUUAUCCUUCAUGCUGUUUUCCAUCUUCCAUCCAGAGAUGCCCGCCAGAAAGCCCUCAGCACCUGUGGUUCUCAUGUCAGUGUCAUCCUCAUAUUCUACACACCAGCCAUGUUCUCUGUCCUUGCUCAUCGCUUUGGCCACAAUAUCUCUCAUACCUUUCACAUCAUGUUUGCCAACCUCUAUGUAGCCAUCCCUCCCGCCCUCAAUCCCAUCAUUUAUGGUGUCAAAACAAAGCAGAUCAGAGACAAGGUCAUCUUUCUAUUCUUUCCUAAAGAUAUGCAGUGA